AUGCAAGGAUCGGCGCGAGCGCUAGCGCGAAAGUGGGACGCAAUCGUCGUGGGAGGGGGCCACAAUGGCCUCGUGGCGGCCACAUACCUUGCCAAGGCUGGCAAGGCGGUGUGUGUUUUGGAGAAGCGGCAUGUACUGGGCGGGGCGGCCGUGACGGAAGAGAUCGUGCCGAACUUUCGGUUUUCUCGGGCGUCGUACGUGUUCAGCUUGUUUCGACCGCAGAUCAUCCGCGACUUGGACUUGCACAAGCAUGGACUUGUCGUGUAUCCGAGAGACCCGUCGUCGUUCACCCCACUCUUGAAUGGUCAAAGCUUGGUGCUGGGGGCCGACAUGCAAGAGAACCAGCGACAAAUUGCACAAUUCUCUCGUGCCGACGCCGAGGCGUAUCCCAAGUAUCAUGCCAUGCUCGAGCGCCUGGUCGCGUUUUUCGUCCCUCUGAUCGACUCAGUACAUAUCAAAGUCGCCUUGAGCAGCGAAUCAUCCUUUCGCGCACGACUGGAUGCGCUGCAAGCGUUCGGUCGCCUUGGCAUCCAAGGAGUCAAGCUCGGGCGAGACCUCGGCACGUUUGUCGAGUUCAUGACGGCACCUGCCGACAAGAUUUUGAAUCGCUGGUUCGAGUCGGACGUCCUCAAGGCGACGCUUGCCACGGACGCGAUCAUUGGGGCCAAGGUCGCCCCGUCGACGCCAGGGUCAGCCUACGUGCUGUUUCAUCAUAUCAUGGGCGAGCUCGACGGCGUCAAGGGCAUGUGGGGGCACGUUCGCGGCGGCAUGGGCGGAGUCUCCGCGGCGCUAGCAAGCGCUGCGAAAGCUGCCAACGUUCGCAUGCUUACGAAUGCCCCGGUGGCUUCCAUCAAUGUCAAAGAAGGGCGGGCGACGGGCGUAACGUUGGCCGAUGGAACUGUGAUGGACGCGACCCACAUCCUAUCGAACGCGAGUCCAUCGCUGACGUAUUUGGACCUGGUGGGCAAGCAGCAUCUGCCAGCGUCGGUGGUGGCGCAUUUUGAGCGCGCGUGGGACACCGAGUCAGCAUCGACCAAAAUUAACGUCGCGCUCGACGCACUUCCCAACUUUACGUGUUUGCCCAACGUGGGGUCGGCCCCGAUGCCGCACCACCGCGGGACGACCCACUUCGAGGACUCGAUGCGCCAGAUCGAAGACGCGUUCUUGGAUGUCCAGCAAGGCGUCGCAUCGCGUCGGCCAGUGAUCGAGAUGAACAUCCCAACCUCCAUGGACGACUCGAUCGCGCCGAGAGGCCACCACAUCGCGCUCCUUUUUGUGCAGUACACUCCGUAUUUGCCCAAAGAUGGGCCGUGGACAGAUGCGAAGAAGGCCGCGUUUGCGGACCAGUGCUUUUCCGUGAUCGAGCAAUACGCACCAGGCUUCAAAGCGUCGAUCGUAGGCACCGACAUCUUGACGCCGCCGGACUUGGAGCGCGUCUUCUCGCUGCCCCGAGGCAAUAUUUUCCACGGAGCGAUGGGUCUCGACCAGCUCUUUUGGCUGCGGCCACUUGGAGGGUACACCGAUUACCGUACGCCGAUCCGCGGGCUGUACUUGUGCUCCGCUGGCACGCAUCCCGGUGGCGGGGUGAUGGGAGCAUGCGGUCGCAAUGCAGCGCACGUCGUGCUGAAAGACUCUGCUUAG